AUGAUUAACAAGUGCGGUAGAGAAAGGUUUGAGGAGAUUGAAAAAGUGUCACCCAAACAAAAGAAAAUCAAAACAAAAACCCACUCAAUAAAAAACUACCACCAACCUCUCAAUACCCACAUCUCUGUUAUCAUGUCUGAGUUAAGUUCAUUUUUAGAAAAGAAAGUACAUGUGAUAACAUCCGAUGCCAGAUUUUUCGAAGGGAUAUUGGAAGGGUAUGAUAAAUCAACAAACAUAAUACUAAGUAAUUGUAUUGAAAGAAUCAUAUAUUCUAAAGAUGAUGAAGAAGGGGAAAAUCAAGAAAUACCAUUAGGGGUUUAUAUAAUGCGUGGUAAUGAGAUUGUAUGUGUUGGAGAAAUAGACGAUGAGUUAUACAAAUCAAUCAAUUGGGAAACAUUAAAAGGUCAUGCUUUGAAAUCUACGAAAAAUCCUUUAAAGUGA